AUGUCGUUCGAGCGUUCAUCAUUUGCAAACUCAUUAUAUCAGUCAGGCAGCUCUCCUUCAAAGAACAAUUCUGUCAAUAGUCCAGGCACGCCUGCCAGAAAUGUCGGUACUGGUGCUGCCCCUGUAACGCCGUUUUCUAAUAUUAUUGGUUCUAGUCCUGGUUACGGCAAUUCCAAUACUUCAUUCUCACCAGCUGCUGCCAAUUCGACGUUUCGAAGUUCACCUCAACAACCGUAUUCUCAGAAUCAGUAUGCCCAAUCAUCUCCUAAAACUGCCAACGACUUGCGAGUCAAGACGAGCAACAACAACUUCAUCAAUGCAUCACUUUCCACACCAAAAACUCCUUUACAAAGAAUUCUGCCUUCGUCUUCGUCAGCAGGCUCUGCUCCUAAUACCCCAGCAUCCCCCAACAGUGGCAACGGUAAUGCUAAGUCAGCAACUUCAUCAACCUCCGUGCCUACUGGUACAUGGGAACAUCCUAGCAUGAAAGAAAUCAGGAAACGAACUGUGAAUAAAGAACUGGUUUUAAGUAGGGUUCUCAAAAAUGUCGCUGCUCUGGUAAUUCUAUCAGGUGCUGAAUCUGUCACUAAACGAGUACUGAACAACUUCAGCUGGUCAUCAGAACUCAUAGAAUCACAAUCUUUAGGCGAUGCUAUUAAAUAUGUCAAAUAUUUUAUAUGGCUAGUUUAUGUUUUGCUGAUAUACAACAUUGUAACUGGAGUUUCCCAGUUUAUCAAACCACAAGAAAAGUUCGACGAUUUGCCCAUUACCUCAUCACAAAGGAAACUUCUUGGAUUACCUGCUUCUCCCAAUUCAGCUACUUCUUCUCCAAGUCCUCCACGAUAUUUAAAGUCAUCUCCACAAGCUAGAGUAUCUCCUAGAGGAAGUUCUCCAUUAUCACGUACAUCUACUGCUUCUUCUUCCUCCAGCCAGGCCUCAGUAUCACCACUGGCAAAAAUCUCAACCCCAUCCCGUUCAGGAACCUCGCUAUUGAGCCCAUCUUCUUCGGAAAGAAAGCAGCAGCCUGUGCCCUCUAAAGUUGCCAGCGGAUCACCUCUUGCCACGAAAUCCACCAGUACUGCUACCAAUAAUACCACUACCUCGGUAGCAUCCUCUACACCUACGAAAACUGCAUCUACUGCCACACAAUCUUCUGUGUCGUUUACUCCUACGGGAAGAUACGUAUAUCUGUCGGAAUCUUCUCCCAGGAGGAGAUCUGGACUUGUUAGGAAUAUUUAA